UUACAUAAACAGUAGAAAGAGAUGUGCUUCCCCUUCCCAUCUUCAACUAAAAGUAAGUAUGUGGCGCCAUAGCAGACAUUAGCUCCGUCAGUCAGGUCUGUGCUGUAAUUGAAGAGAGAUCUCAGGGAAGGAGACAUUAUUUUUAACUUCUGUGAGUAUUGUAAUAACUUCUACCAAUGGAGUUUGGAUCUUCAAUUGGGUCGUGCUUCGACGCAGCAAACUCUCGUGUUCUGAUCUCAGCAAACCCUGUGAAGACCAGAGAUAUCAAGUUGAGAAGGACAAGUAAAAGAUUCUUAUUCAGAGUCUCAUCUGUGUCGUAUAAGGAAUUCGCCGAGUCUGCUCUGGAAGAAACCAGGAAGAAGCUCCUUCUUGAACCUUCACCUCUCCAGGAAAAGUAUAGUAGCAUGACAGGACUGGAUGGGAAAACGCAAAUUCAGAUGCUUGCUUUCAAAUCUUCAAAGAUUAGACUCUUGCGGAGCAUGGCCAUCGAGAACGAGACAAUGCAGGUUUUUGACUUUGCUGGUUUCAUGGAGCCUGAAUUUGAUACGCCCAUAUUCUGCGCUAACUUCUUCACAUCUGCCAACAUCAACAUAGUGGUGCUGGACCUAAACCCUCUGCAUCAGUUGACUGACCAGACGGAUUACCAAGACAAGUAUUACAACAACAUAAUGUCCAUAUAUCAGAACUAUGCUGAGAUUUUUCCAUGGGGAGGAAAACUGACAGGUGAAUCCAUAAAGUUUUUUUCGCCUUUGGUGAUGUGGACCAGGUUUUCGUCUAGCCAAGAGAAACAUAAGGCUUUGUUCUCUGCGUUCCUCGAGUAUUAUCAGGCAUGGCUGGAGAUGACAAUCCAAGCGAAGGAGGAGAUGGAGCCAUCUCAAGUGAGAACCAAUCGUGAAGCACAGCACAAAUACCUUACAUGGCGAGCACAGAAGGAUCCUGGACAUGGUCUUCUUAAAAAACUAGUUGGUGAAGCAAACGCAAAGGAGUUGCUGAGAGAUUUCCUUUUCAACGGAGUGAAUGAGUUGGGAACAAAGACAUUCACUGAUUACUUUCCAGAGUACAAAACAGAAGAUGGAACUGUGAGUGACAAACGAAGCAUCGUUGGCAAGUCUUUUGAAACCCGGCCGUGGGAUUCAACAGGGCAAUUUAUCGGCUAACUUCUUUCAAUUCAAACUAUGAAAAUUAUAGAUUAUUUUUGUUUUCUUCAAUAAUCCGACGAAGUCUUGAAUAUAUACUGAUCAGUCAAGGAAAAAAAGUUAUUUGUAACCAGAAAAAUGAGAAACACAAAAAAUCCCUUGAUAAUAAUAAGUAUGAGGAUUUACCAAAUGGCAGGG